GGUAACUUUCGGUCUCUUCGUGUUUUGUCUGCUCUCCGUUUCUCUUCUCUUUUUCUCCCCCUCUACUCUUUGAAGCCACCCGCUAUACCGGUUCACCUUAUCAAACCUUUCUCUCGCUUUCGAGUUUUAACAUUAUUUCAGAAUGGCAUUACAAACAGCGAGCAACCCAACUCUUCCCAGUGCCCAAGUGGUUGGAAAUGCUUUUGUUGAGCAGUAUUACUAUAUUCUUCUCACUUCACCGGAAUCGGUCCAUAGAUUCUAUCAGGAUUCAAGUGUGCUAAGCCGGCCAGAUGCUAAUGGUGUAGUGACGUCAGUGACAACAAUGCAAGGUAUCAAUGAGAAGAUACUUUCCUUGGAUUUCAAGGACUGUAAGGCAGAAAUCAAAACAGCAGAUGCUCAGAUAUCUUAUAAAGACGGGGUUACUGUGCUAGUAACUGGAUGCUUCACGGGCAAGGACAACGUGAAAAGGAAAUUUGCUCAGUCAUUUUUUCUCGCACCACAAGACAGUGGUUAUUUUGUCCUAAAUGAUGUUUUCAGGUAUGUGGAUGACAAUGAAUCUUUGGAAAGUCAUCUUGGUCAUGGUGUUGAUAGCAACCCAAUUGUUCCCUCAAUCCCAGAUCAAGAGCCCGCUCAUGUUCCUGAUCCUUCUGCACCUGACCCAUUACCUUCUGUUGUGGAAGAACUUAAAAAACUUGCUGAGAAAGCUAAUGAAUCAUCAGACCAUGAGAAACAACUAGUUAAUGACAGAGAGAUCUUUGUGGAAGAUCUUUCAGAUGAACAUAAUGUUCCUGUAGUUGUUGAAUCAGUUUCGUCCAUGAUCCAAGAGGAUGCUCCAAAGAAAUCUUAUGCAUCGAUUGUUAAAGUGGCGAAAGGGAGCUUGCUGCCAAUAAAAGUUUAUUUACCUGCUAAUACUACAAAAAUGGUUCCUAAGAGAACUGAGAACCAGUCAGAAAAGUCAGUGGCACCUGUCCUUGAGCCUGAAACAUCAGUGCCAAGCAGCAAUGAUGCCCCUGAAACUAGCAGUGCUCAAGAGGAAGUUGAAGGGCACUCCAUUUAUAUUCGAAACUUGCCCUUUAACUUGACGGUUUCUCAACUUGAGGCAGAGUUCGAGAAGUUUGGACCAAUCAAGGAAGGAGGUGUCCAAGUCAGAUAUAAUAGGCAACAGGGAUACUGUUUUGGAUUUGUUGAAUUUCAUUCCCCAAACUCCAUGAAUAGUGCAAUUGAGGCUUCACCUAUGACUAUUGGGGGGCGUCAAAUAGUUGUUGAGAUGAAGAGAACUAAUACUCGAGUUGGUAGCGGAAGAGGUAAUUUCUCUUAUGGUAGGGCAGGGUUUCGAAAUGACAGCUUCAGGGGCCGUGGGAACUACGGUGGUGGCAGGGGUUUUGGUAGAAAUGAUAGAAGUCGGGGUGAGUUUUCUGGUAGGGGAAGGAGUUCAAGUGGUCAAGUUGAGGGUUAUCAGCAAGGAAGAGGGAGGGGUGGGCGUUCAAGUGGAGUAAAGCAUGAUGCUAUUUCCUCAUAACACGCAUUCUAUUGAUAUUGGAGGCAAAACUUUGGUAUGGUCGUGCCUAGCAGCAACGAUCAAGCCUCAGAGCCCCAGAGUAGUUGAGUUACAUGGUCAGUGCCUGGUAGUUAAAGAAAUCUCAAAGUCUGGUUUUAUCUUAGGAGCUUGCAAGGAAAUAAACGGUGGAUUCUGGUAGGAGUACAAGUAGGCAUUUGUCAUAGUUUAGAGUCUCUCCGAUGAUUACAGGCGCAGGGACAUUCCCCCCAGGUAGCAUGCAAGUUUAAGGAUGAGAAAAUCAAUCUCAAAUGUUUUAGAAACUUUUGAUGUUAGCUCUAGUGGAAGAUGCACAGCACAGUAGUAGUAAUUGGUGGUUUGUAAUGACCAAAACAUUUCCAGUGGAUUGGCUAAGUUAGGAGAAUACCUUUGUGAUCUUUUUCACAUGGACAUGAUUGCUGAUGACUCUCUGGUGUUGCGUACAAGGUUUUGAAAGAAUUUGGUUGGUUUUAAGUGCACGAAA